GUCAGAGUUACGCACGGAGGAAAGCGGCGCUGCCAUUGGUCAACAUUUUCGAGGUCGCUGUCCGGCGCUGUGCCCUCCCAUCCGCCUCACUCCAUCCUGCCAGCUAGAGAGCGAGUGAAGCGUAUGAACCGGACCGGUUGCCGUGUUUUUUUUGGGCUUCUCCUGGCGGAGGUUGGAGGACGGGACAGCGGAGCAUCGACUGAGAUGCUUCCCUCCCUGCGGAGAGUCCUGCGGCCUGCCUUCUCCUUGACAGCCGGGGGAGGACUGUCCAGAGCCGGACACAGGAGCGGCGAACCAUCCGCUGUAGUAUCAGGCUCCCCGGGGAGGCUCGCCUCACAGCCUCCGCUCUCUGCGCUGGUGCAGCGAUGCUACCUGGGCACACAUCCCCUGAAGGAACCCGUGGAGCCCCUCAACUCACCCCGCGGAGCCAAGGACUUCAUUUACAGCCUCCAUCCGUCGGAACGCAGCUGUCUGCUGCGGGAGCUGCAUAAGUUCGAGUCCAUAGCCAUUGCUCAAGGGCAGCUGGAAAUCGCACCACCUACUACAGCCCAGUUGAGAUAUGUCCUGCUGCAUAAUGCCAUCCCCUUUGUGGGAUUUGGAUUCUUGGACAACUGCAUCAUGAUUGUUGCUGGCACACAGAUUGAGUUAUCCAUCGGUGUGGUUCUUGGCAUUUCAACUAUGGCAGCUGCUGCUCUUGGCAACCUGGUAUCUGAUCUGGCAGGACUGGGGCUGGCAGGUUACGUGGAGGCCUUGGCGUCUCGACACGGCAUGCAGAUUCCCGAGCUGAGUCCGAAGCAGGCGGAUAUGUGGCAGACCAGGGUCAGCUGUCACACGGGUAAAGCCAUCGGUGUGGGUAUCGGCUGCAUCCUCGGCAUGUUUCCUCUUCUUUUCUUUUCUGACGAUGAUGAGAAGAAGGAAGGACAGAAGGAGACGAAGGAUGAAACCCCACCUGCUCCAGCAGGGAGCAGCAAAAACUGACCACCUCCAGACGGAUACUCUUUGUAGUCCUGAAGAAAACCUGAAAAUCUGUUUGUGAGAACUGACUGGGUCUGUCCUCGCCGUCUGGAGAGCAUGAGAACGGACUGUUCUCCAGACACUUCCCAAGAAACAAACUGUCAGGGUAUUCUGAGGAGGAUUUUACUUGACAUAUUUGACAAAAGCACAGGAGACUGGUUAUGUGUUGGAAGAGUCCAGACUGGAAGGCUGCUAAAUCAUAACACCUGCUGAUACAGACCCUCACCUCUGCUUUAAGUCUGUUAAAUCACUUCAGUUUUAAGCACAGACCUUAUUUAUGUCAUGAGAUGGCAGCUCGGCUGACUGAAAGUUGGAUGACUGUUUAAAACGUUGCAGCAGAGUUUGCAGCCGGUUUAAAGACACAAAACACUACUAAAACAUAUUCCAACAUAAGCUUUGUUAUAUAUUUUUGCAUCCAAUUAUCGUCGACUCAUUUAGUUUAUUUAUGUUAACGUUAUGCUUUUGUUAUAUCUUACCCAAUGAGCAAAUUAGUCCAAGUCUCUGUUACAGUUCAUACAUCUCGUAUAGUUUCAGGGUUUUUUUUACGUCUUGCUAAAGCAGUAAUUCAUGCGCACUGGCCAACUACAACCUUUGGAAAGCCUUUAAGAGGCAGUUUAAAGAGUGUGUUGAAGUAAGGAGGUGAGUUUACGUCUAUCUCGAAUACUGUUUCAUUUGUCUCCCUCAGCUGAACAGAAACAGCCUGGAGUUUAACCCGCUGUUUCCUCCCGUACCGCCGUCAUAAUUUGAGCUCUGCUGCCCUCUGCUGGCCAACGCACGACUGACGUUUUCUUCUUGCCUCUUCACCAGUCCGACUCAUGGUUUUCCACCUGCGCAAUUGAUCUGAAGUCGAUCAUCGUUUCCCUCAGCUUAAAGUUAACUAACUAGAUAUUCAACAUGUUGUUUUUAUGUAGUUGUUUUUUUGUUUGCACAUGAUGUCCAUCUCUGGAAUAUUAAAAUUGAAGGAAGCAACCAAAUACAGAGCUGUAAAAAAAAUAUAUAUAUAUAUUUGCCCCCUUACAGAGUUUUUCAGCUUUUGCUUUUUGUCAUACUUUAUUUUCAAAAAGUCAAAUAUUACUUGAGUAAAGGCAAAAGGGGUGUUUCAAAUGAUGAUUAGAUUUAUUUAGUGUGGAAAAUCUGUCAUAACUAAGCUUGCUUCCUGUGGGAUAAGUAAUCUCUCCCUUGUCACAUCAUAAAUUAACUUUAGCUAACUUUUUUUAUUUUUGCAAAGUUGAAGACAAUUUACUCACAGACACUGUCAGACUUCUAGAAUCAACAAGUCACUUAAAUAAAGCAUGUCUGAGUGGUGAAAUUUGACCAUUAGGUCUUUAAAAUCAACAUUUCAUGCCCUGAUCUAAAGUUGAUCAACAACUGAAGAGAAAUGAUGUCACUAAGAUUUAUCAGUCUUGAAAGAUUUACAAAGUUAAAGAUGGCAGUGUGGUAGUCUGUGGCUGCAUUGCUGCUUCAGGAACUGGGCCGUAAUUAAUGGGACCAGGAUUUUUUACCAUCAGUAGAAGAUUUUUCCUUACUUCCUUAUAUAAUCUUGAUAGAGAAUGUCGGGCCAUUGGUUUGUAACCCUGAGAUAAAACAAAUUUUAAUUUUAUGUAGCAGGGUAUUUAUCCAAAGCACAACAGCAGGUCCAGCUUAGAACCACUCAAAGAAAAAAAAAAAAAAAAGAGAAACAAAAGGACAAUUCUAGAAUAGCCUAGUCAAAGUACCAAUAUUAAUCAGAUUUGGAUGUGGUUGCAUGACCUUAAACAGGCCACUGAUGCUCAAAAACCCUCAAACUGUGACUGGAUAUAAACAAUUUGACCAGUUGUCACGACAAGAAAUCUGAACCUAUAUUUGUUAAGGGGGCAAAUACUUUCAUACAGCACGGUAGUUCUGCUAAAAAUCUUUAUUUAUUGUUCUUUAAAUAUUUAUAUUGUGUUAUUCUUUCCUGGAAGAAACAAAAAAUACAUCCAGAGUCUGGAGUAUUCACGCACAAAAUGCAUUUUUCUUCAAAGCAGAAGGAGAUUUGAUCUGGCUGCUCUGUGUUGCAGCCCCUGAUUGAACUGACUAAAUGCUGUCAGUGUAUAUGACUGUUUCAGCUUUGUACUGUGUGUAUAAUACAAAUCCUGACGAGUUAUAAGAAUGAACAGAAUGUACAGAGAAAUAUAAAUAUUUAUGGAGUUUAUAUAUUUCCAUUUUGCAUGCGUAGGUAAGUGUGUAUCUUCACUCGGGUUGGUAGUGAGAUAUGAAUGAUGAGGGAAUUUCAUCAGCCAGGACUCUAACAUGUAAAGGAGUGUGUUUUUUUGGCUCCAUACUUUUUGUGGCCCCUGAUCGUAUAAAUCAUUUUAAAAAUAUGGUACCUUUAGUUUAAAAUGAGCCAAAAAUGUUGUAUCAAGCAAGAAG